AUGAACAACUCAACUCAAACCUCGCCCGCUUCUGACAAAUUGAGCGUGCAGAGCAUCAAAGCACACGAACACCUGAAGAACGCAUAUGUAAGGGACACUGCGCAAAACUACAAGCGCAAUACUGAAGGUCGAUUUAUAGUGACUCUGCCAAAAAAAGAAGAAAUACUACGAAAUGUGAGCAAAUCAAAGGACAUCGCACUCAGCAGAUUCCAUAUUCUAGAACGCAAGUUGAAUCGAGAUGCUAAGUUGAAAAAAGGAUAUACAAAUUUUAUACACGAAUAUCUGAAUUUAAGGUACAUGAAAAAGCUUCCAUUGAACACAUCACUAAUGAAGGAUACAAGCUUACAUUAUUAUUUACCGCAUCACUGCGUGCUAAAGGAUACAAAUACCACUACAAGACUCAGAGUUGUUUUUGACGCAUCAAGUCAAACAACAAGCGGAAUUUCAUUGAACGAUGCCCUAAUGGUUGGUCCGGUUUUGCAGCAAUAA